AUGUCUCCUUCUGGCGGUCCUGCAGCCAGUCUUCAUACGACACCCCAGGAGCAAUCGCAGCUUGAAGCCAGCUCUAGACGGCGGAUACACCCAGGAACAAAAGCAGCAGAUAUGGCUGCUGGACCUCCUUUGAUACCGCUACAAGAGCUCGACUCUGCAUUUCAACUCCAAGAACACCUAGCCGCCCUCCACUGCUACCAUACUUCCUCCAACACCCAGCCAAUCACCCGUGGCACCGCGCUACAGCUUGCGACACCUCCCAAUGGCGUCGACCGGACCAUCUGGCUCUAUGAGCUCUGCCGCUUCCUCAUCUCACAGUGCAACUCCUUGAUCGUUGGCUUCCUCUUCGACACCCCGCCAUGCAGUGCGAGCACGUGCCCUGAAAUGCGCGCUUCCGAAUGGCAGUUCCUCUGCGCUGUCCACGAGCAGCCCAAGAGCUGCUGCGCCAUCGACUACUGCUGUCACACCCUGGACUGGGCUGCAAACGUUGUGACCGACCAGAAGAUCUUCCCCAGCCGCUUUGUCGUCCAUAAUGACAACCACAGUAAGAAUGUGGGCGUCAAGAAUCUCGUCAAUGUGUUCCGCAGGUUGCAUCGCAUAUUCGCCCAUGCCUGGUUUCAGCAUCGUGGUGUGUUUUGGUCUGUAGAAGCCGAGACAGGACUGUACGUCCUGUUUAAGACUGUAUGCGACUUGUAUGAUCUGCUGCCUGCUGAGAACUACAAGUUGCCUCCCGAGGCGGAGGGACUCGAGGCACCCCAUACUGAACAGGAGCCCGAGAAACCCCCUCCCACCAUCCUCAAGCCUUCAUCACAUCAACGAGGCCCUCCUGCCGAAGAAGACAACAUGCAUCCAACAAGGACAAAUACUCGACGACACAUUCGAAGUAGUCCUUCAACGGGAAGUGCUGUGACAACUGUCAUUGAAGCCGAGGAGGAGGAACCCGCUGGAGUCUCCAGGAAACUAAAGGAUAUGCACCUGACCGCUCCCUCGCCCGUGGAGGAGGAGCCAGAAGUGGCUGAUGUCCCUGUUAUUGUUGAGCAAUCAGUCGUGGGAGAAUCCGGGGCACAGUCCCACAAUCCCCCAGCUGAGAAGGCAGAAGAUGAAGAUGAUGAUGACGAUGAAGAUGAAGAAAUUGACGAUGAUGCCGACCAGACAGUCGUCGGGUCUGUUUCAGAACAAGACUCUGCAAACGAUGAUGACACUCAAACGGAUGAACAUAAGCCGGCCGCGGACUCUGUCGAGUCUGCGCAAUCUACAGAUACGGACGUUGCAGAGGACGAGCCGACAAAGGAAAACGCAUCUGCAGACUCAGCACCAGAUGUGGAUGCCCCUGAAUCCUCAGAGGCCAAGGACAAAUCCUCAGAGGAUGCGGCAAAGACCACAGAUAUCAAGUUAGAGGACGAAACCAAAAAGGAUGAGAAGUAA